AUGCAUUCUCUUCUAGCCCUUCUCGCGGGGUCGUCUCUUUUCUGCUCCCAAGCACUGUCGGCUUCCAUUGACGGAUUGAAGUCAAGAUCAAGUCCCCUACCGCCCUCACAGGAUCCAUGGUAUACAGCACCCGAACAAGGAAUUCUCGUCUCUAGCCCACCCGGUAGCAUUCUGCGAAUUCGCCCAGACCCAUUUGAUUUAUACGCCGCUGUCGGAAAAAAUCUAUCUUCGGCAAGCUACAACAUUCUCUAUCGUACAAAUGACGCCAACGAAAUACCUACGUUCGCGGUUACCACCCUUUUUAUUCCCACCGGCGCAACGUCUAGCGGAAAGGACAGGCAUAACCUGCUAUCGUAUCAGAUCCCGUACAAUUCACCGACGGUAGACGCAAGUCCCUCAUACGCCCUCGCCACAGAUUUGAGCUCGACUUCCUCUGACAUUGCGGCCGCACUGGAGCAAGGGUGGUAUGUCUCCGUAGUAGAUCAUGAGGGUCCAAAGGCAAGCUUUGCGGUGGGCGUAGUGGAAGGCCAUGCCGUUCUCGACGCAGUACGCGCAGUCACUCAAUCUUCGUCUUCUCCUGCCAUCAAGAACAUUGGCCAUGGUCAUAAAGAUUACAAGUGGAAUGUCGGACUCUGGGGCUAUUCCGGAGGUUCCAUCGCAAGCGAGUUCGCCGCAGAGCUCCAGGCUACGUACGCUCCUGAUGUUGAAAUCACCGCUGUUGCUAUUGGUGGUCUGCCAACCCCCGUGCGUGAGGUAAUGAAGUCUGUCCCCAACAGCCCCUACGCCGGACUUAUUCCUCUUGCUCUCUGGGGAUAUGCGAAUGCAUUCCCAGAGCUGGGAGACUACCUGCUGAGCCGGUUGACACCUCAGGCUAAAAAGAGCGGUGUCUUCACAAAAGCACACAACAUGACCGUUACCGAAGGCUUUGUAUUCUACAACAAUUCCGACCCUUUUUCAUACUUUAUCAACGGCCGGGAGGAUAUCCUUUUGUCUCCGCUGAUUAACUCCCUUCUUGAACGGCAGGGUACGAUGGGCAAACACGGGUUUCCGACAAUGCCAAUGUUUGUGUACAAGGCAAUUGCCGACCAAUUGGCUCCGAUAGAGGGUGCCGAUGCUUUGAUUGAGCAGUACUGCGGAUACAACAGUGUCGUGGGCUCGGCAAAGGGGGCCAGGAUACUUUAUGAGCGGAACACCAUUGGCGGACAUUUGGCCGAAGAACUUAACCAAGAUGCCAGUGCACUCGCAUUUUUGGCCAAGGCCUUUAAUGGACAGCUGGGUGACGGAUGGCCACAUGGAAAUGGAACAGGGUGCGUUGUGAAGAAUGUCGCUGUUGGAAACGACACAUCGCCGGAUUGGUAA